AUGUCUAGGGAUUGUUCCCAGAAGAAGCCAUUCGCCGCGAAAGGCAAGAAACAAGUAAGAUUUGGAAACAGGAGACAGGGAUCCCGGGAAGCGGGUGCCCUAGAAGGUAGCUUCCGAGAGACUGGAUUGCUAGAAAAGGAGCUGCCUCAAUUAUAUCCAGAACAACUCGAAGAGUUGGGCAUUGCCACCCUAAGCAUAGGAGUGGAGCUAUCGGAAGACAUCGACGAGGAGAUCGAGUCGAUAGGAAACCUCGAGUCAGUCGAGGAACCCAUAAAGGAAGGAUCCACCGUGGGAUACGAGGGCAGCCAGCAAAUGGCUGAAGACCUCCUGAGACCUCAGGAAAAUGAGUUAUACGAUUAUGAUCUAGUAAUCGGAGAUAUAUAG